AUGGCCUUCUUGUUCAUCAAGCAGAAGCUCUUCCCCACACGGGAAGCAGACAAGAUCUCCUCCGGAAAGCGACUCCUCGCCCGCAAUGACGACGAGGAUAUCGUCCGGGGUGACUCUGAUCUCGAAUCCCAAAACAGCCGAUCCUACGACACAUUCGGGCGAUGCAGCAGUCCCGAUGAUUCAACAACAACAGUGACAAGCAGUGGUAGCACUCGCUGUCGGAUCGACCCUCGCAUCGUCUCAGAUGCGAUUCUCGGUCUCUCGGACGGUCUGACCGUACCCUUUGCCCUGUCUGCCGGUCUCUCCGCGCUGGGAGACACCAAAGUUGUCGUCCUUGGUGGACUGGCCGAGCUCGCAGCGGGAGCCCUCUCCAUGGGACUUGGAGGAUACGUCGGAGCCAAGAGUGAAGCUGAAUCAUACGAAGCGACUGUCAGGGAAACAAAGGAAUUGAUCAAAACCGACCCACAAGAGACUCGUGCCAUGGUGCGCGAGACUUUCGUUCCAUUCGGGCUCUCCGAUUCUGCCAUUGUGGAUAUCACCCGCGACCUGCACAUGUCGCAGGAUCGACUUCUUGAGUUCUUGCUUGCCUUCCACCACCGUGAGACUGCGCCGGAUUGCAACCAAGCCUGGACUUCGGCCAUUACUCUCGCCCUGGGUUACUUCAUUGGUGGUUUCAUCCCGCUGAUUCCAUACUUCAUCGUUAAUCAAGUCAUGGUUGCGCUGUACUGGAGUAUUGGUGUCAUGGCCAUUACCUUGCUUGUGUUUGGAUAUGUCAAGACCUGUGUUGUCCGUGGCUGGUCUGGUCGUGACAAUGUCUUGGCUGGUAUCUGGGGUGGUGUGCAAAUGUGCUGUGUCGGAGGUGUGGCUGCUGGUGCUGCUAUUGGCCUGGUCCAGUUGAUCGGUACUAACAGUGCCAAAUGA